AUGAGCCCAGAAACCGAGCUGGAAGACAAACAGACAACUUUAACUUUAGUCAAUUGAAAUGCCAAGCCUACUACAAGUUUCAGUCCAACCUAGGGGCUGGAAUGAUGAUGUUGCCAAAUCCUCAGCCGUUUCUUCCACUUUGUGAUGAAGUAGAACUGACUCAGGGCCCAAUCACCUUUGAGGAUGUGGCUGUCCAUUUCUCCCCGGAGGAGUGGGCUCUCCUGAGUCCUGAUCAGAAAGCCUUGCACGGGCAGAUCAUGGAGGACAUUCAUGGGAUGGUGGACUCUCUUGCAGAUAACUGGAAGAAGAGCAAUGUCUGCACCAAACACAGGAAAUGUUUUGGGCAGAAUGGGGACCUUCAUGGACACCAGCAAGCCCACAGUAAAGGUGAAGAUUCUGCCAGAGAAAAGCCCCACAAAUGCCAUAUAUGUGGGCAAUGUUUUACCCAAAAUAUGGCACUUGUGCUUCACAAGACACUCCAUGCUGGGGAAAACCAUCUUGAAAGGAAAGUGUCAGCAAAAUGUGUGGUUGAUUACAAAUUGCCAGAUGUGUGCCAACAAGAAAUUUUUGAAGGAACCGAGGAUUUCAUAAACCAGGAGUGUGAGAAAUAUUUUAUCCAGAGUUCACACUUGGUGAUGCACGAGAGAUUUCACUCAGGAGAGGAACCAUACAUGUGCCAGGAGUGUGGGAAGUGUUUUGCUUCCAGUUCAGAAUUGAUGAGGCACAAAAUGCUUCAUACAGGAAAGAAACCAUACAAAUGCCAGGAACAUGGGAAGUCUUUUACUCAGAAUACACACCUUAUAGAGCACUGGGGAUCCCACACAGGAGACAAACCAUACAAAUGCAAGGAAUGUGGGAAAUGUUUUGUUCAAAGUUCAUCUCUUAUGAGCCACCAGAGAGUCCACACUGGAGAGAAACCAUAUACAUGCCCAGAUUGUGGGAAAUGUUUUACUGACAGUUCAAACUUGGUGAGACACAAAAGAUUCCACACAGGAGAGAAACCAUACGAAUGCCAGGAGUGUGGGAAAUGUUUUGCUGAUGGUUCACACUUGGCGAGCCACAAAAGACUCCACACAGGAGAGAAGCCAUACGAAUGCCAGGAGUGUGGGAAAUGUUUUACUAACAGUUCAAACUUGGUGAGACACAAAAGAGUCCACACAGGUGAUAAACCAUACCAAUGCCAAGAGUGUGGGAAAUGUUUUGCUGACAGUUCGCACUUGGUGAGCCACAAAACACUCCACACUGGAGAGAAGCCAUACCAUUGCCAGGAAUGUGGGAAAUGUUUUGCUGACAGUUCACACUUGAUGAGGCACAAUGCACUCCACACAGGAGAGAAGCCAUACCAAUGCCAGGAGUGUGGGAAAUCUUUUACUAACAGUUCAAAUUUGGUGAGACACAAAAGAUUCCACACAGGAGAGAAGCCAUACCAAUGCCAGGAGUGUGGGAAAUGUUUUGCUGACAGUUCACACUUGGUGACCCACAAAAAAUCACACAUGUGAAUGAAAGGGUAAAUUCCCAUACUUCAUCCCUUAACAAGCAUCAGAGAAUACACACAGGCUUAAAAAUAUGCAAAUGCCAGGAGUGUGGGAAAUGUUUUGUUUGGGGUUCAUACCUUUUGAACUAUCACAGAGAGAGACAUCAUCCAAGAGCUGUGACAGAACUAAUAAAAUGAGUUAUCACGUAUCAUGAUGUGUAACUGACUGGAACUGGUUUUUGCCCAGCUGUACAAUAUAAUUGAGCAAAACUUUUAAAUUGCAGGUUCUGGACAUUUUGGUGUUAUAGACUACAUUCAACAUUGCUCGGUGAACACGUGUUGUUCCCUUGGCUUUCAGUAACACUUGGCUUGACUUCGGACUCGUUUCUAAGACAAUUCUUAGUUUUGAACUUUGCUUAUGUUUUUUGCUUUUUGUGACUUGGGACUGUUUUGCAGAACUCUUUUGCUUCUGUGGACACCUUUAUCAUCUGAUUUCAAACAGGACCAUUUGAGAAGUUCUGCCUAAGAUUUGGUAGAGUCCACUUUCUUGUUGUUGUCAAAGGCCUUCAUGACCAGAAUCUCUGGGUUGCUGUUAGUUUUCUGGGUUGUAUAGCCAUGUUUCAGAAAUAUGGUCCCCUGAUGUUUCACCCACAUCUAUGGCAUCCUACAAGGUUGUGAGGUCUGUUGGAAACUCGACAGUUGAGGUUUAUAUAUCUGUGGAAUGUCCAGGGUGUGUGUGUCGGGGGGGGGGGGGGGGGGGGGGGGAGGAAGAAUGAGAGAAGACACUCUGGUUGCUAUGUAAUAUGUGUGUGAGAAAGCAUAGAGAAUCUAUAUAAAUAAAAUGUAGUGUUUGUUUGUGGGAUUAAUAUAAUUCAAGAACCACUGGGCAAAUUGACACCAAAUUUGGACACAACAUACCUAAUAGGCCAACGAGUGACCAUCACUCAUAAAAACAAGGAAAAACACAGCGGAGGAGACUUAAAAAGCAAAAAAAAACCCAAUAACAAUGUAUGCGCAAAACCACAUAUAUACACACACAAAUACAUAUACACAGACUGGGCCACAGCAACGUGUGGCAGGGGACAACUGGUCUAUAUAAAUAAAAAUGUAGUGUUAGUUUGUGGGAUUAACAUAACUCAAAAACCACUGGACAAAAUGACACUAAGGUUGGACACAAUACACCUCUCAGGCCAACGAGUGACCAUCACUCAUAAAAACACUGAAAAACACAGCAGAAGAGACUUUA